ACACGCCUAUAAUAGGACUAGGGCGAGCCAAGGUACCACGACUAGUCUCGGAUUUUAAAUCCCUCAGACAUGACGAGAAAGGAGGAGAGAAUUUAUUCACGCCAGAAAAUUUAUUCACGCGAGAAACUGUCACUUUCUCACGAGCCAGAAGAUAAAGCGGAGAUGUCGAGCCGGGAAUAAAGUGAAUGGAUGUACAUUUUACAGCGCGAUACUGACUUUAUCAUCUGUCAUCGCCGUAUUUGUGGACUCGCAGCUGAGAGCGGCGGAAUUCAGUGUUGACUAGAGCUGAAUACUCGUGCUGCAGUUAUUGGCCGUUAUGCCUUACUACUGGAGCCCGUGUAACAGGUGUUACUUGGGCAUUUGCAUGUAUGUCAUUUAUUAUUUACUAGAUGUACAUAUGAGCUGACACCGUCUUUUCUGCUCCUGUUGUCAUAAUUGCAUAUUUAUUAAGUAUGUAGAUUCGUGGAAGCUGGCGUUUAGUUCUUGCACGUAUGCUAUUUUGGUCUUUGGAGCUUAUGAUUCCUGGUGUAGAUAUGGGAUAUUGACCAUGGGACUGCUAAGCUUUAGUACUGCAACAGAAGUGUCAUUGCAUUUGACUGCCAAACCGGUCAAGAUCCACUGAAUUGUAGCCUACCUCGUGUGUAGCACACUUUCUAGCACUAAUCUAGUGCUCUUGGUACUUGUGCGUAAACACCUUCCACAUUUGGUUAAUCACAUGGUAAAGAGUAUUAUGUUUUAUAGUAGCGUGAGAGCUGCUUCAUUUUAAGACUGAUGGGUGCUUAUAGUUUUGAUCAUCACCACCACCAUGGGCUGCAUACAGAGUGUGCGACCAAGGCCGAAAUUUUAUGAAAACUUCACAGUCCUUGAACUGAACACCUCUAUUGACUCUAACCCUACUGUCAUCGAUGAGUCAUCCAGUGUGGUGCUGCGGUACCGCACACCCUACUUUAGAGCUACCGCACAGGUGCAGGUGCCACCAGUGGUCUGCAAAGAGAUCUGGACUGUGGGCUGGGUCCAGGCAUGCAACCAAAUGGAUUUCUUCAAUUGCUAUGGCGAGGAAGGAAUAUCAAGCUGGGAGCUUCCUGAGCUGAGAGAUGGACGCAUCCAGGCCAUCAGCGACUCAGACGGUGUGAACUACCCAUGGUAUGGCUGCACUACUGAGAUGUACACCAUCGUGGGGCCCACCAAGAGGAGCACCACCCUCACCAUCAGCAUGAAUGACAACUUCAGCCCCAGCGUGACCUGGAGUGUCCCCACAGGUACCACCAGCAGUCCCCCGCUCCUCAGCUCCAUCCGGAGGGACCAGCGCUUUACCACUUGGCUAGUGGCCAUGAACGAAACCACGGCCGAGAUGGUGCUGCUCAGGACCAUCCGCUGGAGGAUGCGGCUCAAUAUCGAGGUGGACUCACAGAAGCCUCUCGGUCAGAGAGCCCGUCUGCUGGAGCCUCUCACUCAGGAACAGCCGGAGAUCCUGGCCAAGAAUGAGCCUAUCCCACCUAAUGCCUUGGUCAAGCCCAAUGCCAAUGAUGCUCAGGUGCUAAUUUGGAGGCCUAAAAAAGGGGAGCCUGUUGUGGUUAUCCAACCUAAGUCUUGACUCAGAUGGUCAUGGAAGUGUACAAAGAUCAUUAGAUAGCACUUGAAUGUUUUAGAACGGAUAGUUUUAAAAUUGAACAGAGCCAGUGAUUUACACCACAAAUUCAAAUGUGUAAGUUUUUAACACUUCUGUCACUGUCUUUAAACACAUCACAGUGUCACAGUCUUUAAACACAUAACAGUGUUUAGCUGAACUGCUGUAAAACAGAUUCAGUCCUAAAAUCUGAUUGGCUGAGCCGGUUUUGAAGCUGUUGCAAAAUACUCAUUAUCCACACACUUAUGACCGCAAAUUAUAUUCUGUAUGAAUGCUAAAUAAUGUGCUCUGAAUGGACUGUUAUCCUGCUAUAGAUUAUAUUGAUAGAUGAAGUAAGAACCUGGUUUGGUUAAACUAUAGGGCCACUUAUUUUCUUAACAACUAAUAUAAAAUGUAGCAGGCUAAACAGGCUAAAAGGUAGCUAACAGGUUAAUUCACUACUGCAUUAUUAUUCAGUGUUAGGCUCUGAAUUGAGAUUCACUGUAAUACUGCAAUAUAAAAGUGAAGAAUAUGCUGUCUGGAUGGCUUACAUGCUUCAAAUGUCUGUGUUUUUGGUUAGAUUUGCCUUGAUCAACGUUAAACAGAGUGUGAAAAACAAAUGUGUGGCACAAAAAUCUCAUAUAGGGGCUAGUGGAAAUGAGCAUCAUCAUUGCAAUGGUAAUUUAGUUUGAAAAAAUGAAUUUAAGGCAAAGGUUUGAAAACAUGUAUUUUAUAAAAGCACUAAGCCACUUGACAUGCAUUACAGUGUUUUUAUCAUAUGUAAGAGAGUAAUAACACCCCUUCCUUGUGAUAAAAUCACAGUAAUGCACUUCCUCUCAUAGCUAAUUGCUUUGUUUCCCUAUUUGAGACUGUAACAGCAGGUAAAAAUUAGCGUUUAAUACCUUAUUAUUGAUUAUGAUUAGAUAUAAAACUCAUCUUUUAACAGGGGUGUUUUUUUGGUGUGUAUUUGUUUUCAGAAAGUGGAACAGCUCAACUAAACACUGUGAUGUGUUUAAAAAGUGUCCCAGAAAAGUGUUUAGACCCCAAAGAUUUGAAUUUAAUGUGUAAAUGUUAAGCCAUUAAGCAGUAUUCUCAAACAAAAAUAUGUGCAGCAAAAGCACAUAUUGUGGCCUUAGAUAAACCUCACUCUGCAUUGAUGUUUUGCCUUAUGUUCAAUAAUGAAGCAUUUUUUUUGGUAUGCAUGUCAUUUUGUGCAUGUGACAUUGAACUGUGUAUGACAGAAUGAAUAGUAAUAUUUAGAACUUUAUGUUCAGUUUACACUGGUGUGGUGCAGAAGAAUAUGUGUUAUGUUUUAUUAGUUGGAUCUAGGAGUGGCCUAAUUUUAAGCUGAGAAGGUGCUCACUUGUCUUUUAUUUAUAAGUAUGUGGUGAUAUGAAGCAUCUUCAUUUUGGUGAGCAUCUCACAAAAUGUGCUCAGGUCUGUACUGGAGGUUUUUGAGAACACAAACAUUUCAGGUACUUCAUCAUGUUUUUGUCAAUGCGGACAGUCAUCAAGAUGGAUGGAUGAUUCAAAUAAACAAUAAUUCGAUUUUUUUAUAUUUU